UGUCCUUUUUUGACUGCUACUUAAUCGCCGUAUGAAAAAAACUUUACAAUGGCAAAAUCAUCGAACAGAAUCAUGCUGGGUCCCCUUGUAGGUGCUAUCGACCAAGGCACUAGUUCCACUCGUUUCUUGGUUUUUAAUGCAACAACUGCAGAGCUUCUCAGCCACCACCAGGUUGAGAUUAAACAGAGCUUUCCCAAAGAAGGCUGGGUUGAGCAGGAUCCAAAAGAGAUUCUUCACUCUGUGUACGAGUGCAUGGAUAGGACCUGUAAGAAACUAACUCAACUCAACACUGACAUCUCCAACAUAAAAGCCAUUGGUGUGACCAAUCAGAGAGAGACCACUCUUGUGUGGGAUAAAGAAACUGGUGAACCACUUUAUAAUGCUGUGGUUUGGCUUGAUCUGCGGACCCAAUCCACAGUGGAGAAACUCAUCAACAAAACACCAGGCAAGAACAAAAAUCACCUCAAGCUCAAGACGGGCCUUCCCAUCAGUACAUACUUCAGUGCUGUAAAGUUACGCUGGCUAAUGGAUAAUGUGGAAGAGGUUCAUGAAGCUGUGAUUUCGCAUAGGGCCAUGUUUGGAACGAUUGACUCCUGGCUCAUCUGGAACCUGACAGGGGGGAGGGAGGGAGGUGUCCACUGCACAGAUGUGACCAAUGCCAGUCGGACCAUGCUCUUCAAUAUUCAUACAUUGGAUUGGGAUCCUGAGCUCUGCACAUAUUUUGAGGUACCAAUGGACAUUCUGCCCAAAGUGAGAAGUUCUUCAGAGAUCUAUGGUUUAAUGAAAUCUGGCCCUUUAACUGGUGUUCCCGUAUCUGGGUGUCUCGGUGACCAGUCUGCUGCCCUGGUUGGACAGAUGUGCUUCAGGGAUGGACAAGCCAAAAAUACCUAUGGGACUGGUUGUUUCCUGCUUAGAAACGUAGGAACAAAGCCUGUAAUGUCAGACCAUGGCCUUCUGACAACGGUUGCUUACAAAUUAGGAUGUGACAAACCAGCAUGCUAUGCCCUAGAGGGUUCUGUUGCCAUUGCAGGAGCAGUAGUGCGUUGGCUAAAGGAUAACCUUGGAAUCAUUCAAACCUCCACAGAAUUGGAGAAAUUAGCUGCUGAUGUUGGUACAUCAUAUGGCUGUUAUUUUGUCCCUGCUUUCUCUGGAUUAUAUGCACCUUACUGGGAACCAAGUGCCAGAGGUUGCAGAUCAACCACAAUGGGGGAGAUGGUCCUCACUGCAGAUCCAACUCCUCCCACUUAA